AUGGCUCCAGCCUCCGCAGUACAAGGAGCAGACUCUGAUCCAGACAGAGGGUGGGGCUUGAGUUUGCUGCUGGGAACAGACUAUGAAAGACAGAAACAGAAACUCAACCAGGAGCGUCAGCUGGAAUACCAACUUUAUAUUGCCAAGAAAAAGGAAGUGAAAACCAGUGAUCCCCGUCCAGAACCACAAGUUGUCUUCCUACCUGUUAUUGAGAAGAAAACAGCUCAGGAAAAGUUGAGAGAGGAGAGGAAGAAAGAAUUCAACCUCUUCCUCAAGGAAAAAGCUCAAAGCAGAACUUCUCCUAUUCCUUUUAAGCCUGGACAGGGGAAAUUUUCAGAUGCUGGAUACAUUUCUUCUCCAGCUUCUCCCCUGGCCACCUCCAACCACCAAACAAACACGCCCUCUCCAAUCAGGAGGAUCACUGCCAAGAGAGAUACGGCCAAGUGGACUGAGGCAGAGAAUAAUGGAAAAAGCGGAGGGCCCUUGAAUCUCACCCAACAUGGAAUUAGUCGCUUUAAAAUCUGUUUUGGUGCAGGGGCAACAGAAGAGAAGGGGGCCUCUCGGAUGAGGAAAGAACAGUACAAGCAGGAGCUUCUGAAACAAAUUGCUGAGAAGAAGAGGAACAAAUUUAGGGAGAGGAACCUUGAGCUCAGGGUUGGAGCCACUGGAGCCACAGACCCUGAAAAGAAGUUUGGAGCUGGGAAUCGUCGACAUGUCACCUUGAGACGAGAUGUUCCUCACAUGCUUGAGGUAGAUCUGGAGGCCGAGGAGAUGGAACCCAAUCCACAGAAAGAGCCCCCGGGAAGGUUCCAGGUGGACCCCAGCACAGCUCUCGUUCAGCUGCCAGGAAACACAGAGCCAGCACAAGGUGUCCCCUCCCUGGGUUAUUUCAAUGAUGCCUACCACAGGGACUUUUCCAACAUGCUGGGAGAGGUGACCAUUCCAAGGGUUGCUGGUGUUCCACCUCCAAUUCCUCCCACUGUAAAUGAUAUUUACAGGACUCCAUAUGAUGCAGCUUAUUAUUAUUAUGGUUCAAGAAAUCCACUGGAACCGAAUAAUCCUCAUCAUCAAAAUCCUCAGCGUGGAUGGGUGCAGCCGCCUGGGACUCUCCAGCCUCCUCUGAUACCUGGCCGCCGCACUGAUGCAUCUGCCCUUGCUAUUGGAGAGUUUCCUGAAGACAAGUCCAAGAAAUGGAGAGAGAGUGAAGUGAGUCACCAGGCCGCCCUCAAGCAGCAGAUCCAAGGAAGUGAGGAGCGUAAAAGAAGAGAAAAAGAAGAGAAGUUGCGAUAUGAGGCCGAGACAGAAGCUGAGAUGUUGGUGUACAACCCCUGGGGGCGAAGCGGGGGAGGCGCUCCGAUUAAAGACCAGAAGGGCAAUCUCAUUAGCGACUUAAGUCAAAUGCACAGGAUCAACAUGGAGCUGUACAACAAUCCUGUGCUCAAGAAUCGUGAGCAAAACCUCUCGAUGAGGAAUGGAGACACUCCAGGAGACGAAGUCAGGGCUCCCCUCCCUCAGCAGAUACCAGGUUUAAAUGAUCAACCAUCUCCACAGCGACUCAACCAGCAGGAAUCCUACAUAGUAGACCUGAAACAGCAGAUGGAGGAAAACAAGAGAAAGAAGGAGAAGGAGACAGAAAGAAAGAAGAUGGAGGAAGAGAACGAUAUGAGGAGGAUAGUGGAGGAGUGUGCUCGCCUCCAGCAGAAAUAUGAAGAGGAGCAGAGAAGGCACAAAGAGAAGCAUAAGGUAAACAGCAGUUCCAAUCAACCUGACACUCAUUUGCAGAAGAAGGAAAAGAAGGGGAAGCAGGAACAAGAGACGGUGGAAAAGGUGCCUCGGAGCACCGGAGACAGAGAGGAGGAGAAAACCACACCUCACAAGCAGCGAGAGAAGUCUCCUCCCAUCCCAACCCUGCGGAGGAAGACAAACAUUGUGGCAUCCAGACCUUCCUCUGAGAUAGAAGAAAGCAAGAGAGAGGAGGUGAACCUGAGAGAACGAAUGAGGAUUUUGGAGGAAAAGAUGGUGAAGCAGGAAGAACAGACGGAGGAAGAGGUGCCUCGGAGCACCAGGGACAGAGAGGAGGGGAGCACACCUUUGGGUUACAAGCGGGAGCGCACUGCGUGGGCACCACACUCACUCCCUGGGAAAAUGGCCCCACCACGAGACCCUAAAGAUGAAGUGAUCCGAGAGCUGUCAGUCCUUCGCAGGCACCUGAGGAAAGAGCAAAUGCAACUGGAGGCCCAGAUGAAGCAAACAGAUCGACAGGAGAGCAUCCACCCUCCCUCCAUCAGGAGCAGCAGACGACCCAGAGCGGCUGCAGCCGUGCACAGGGAGGCCGAGCUGCCGUCCACGUCCAGAACCGACCCAGUCCCUGCUCCGGUUAACAAAAAAAACCUCUGUGAGUUCAACAGGCUUAAAUACAGGGACUCAUCAUCUCGUGAGGAGGUCCUCCAGAUGUACCCCGACACCCCCCCCACUGGUGUACAGACUCUGGACGUCCAGCAGCAGGCCCUCCUCCAAGAGUAUAGACGCCAAAUCGGCCUCAUGAGGAUACGAGAACACGGUGACCGUGACCUCUUGAAGGUGUAUCUGAAUUGUAAUCAUCACGAGAACAAACCCACGCCCCUCGUCCUCAAGGACUCCUUGUUUCCAUCUCAGUCAACUGUUACAGGUGGUUACAGUGGGGACAUGUGUGGACAGCAGGCUCAUCGGGGGGGAUCCCCUCAGCCGUCAGCAGAGCACAAAGAGAGGACGACCCCACGAAGGAGACGAGAGAUUUUCGUGAAUCAGAGGGAGCGAGACGUUGAGCCAGACGUUGAGUCUCCGAAGUUGCCGACCAGUCAGAACGAGGGGCUGUCCCUUGACGAAGGGGACUUCUGGUCUCUGAGGUCUGCUUCGGAGAGGCGUGUCUCCGUGGAGAGCGUCGCCACAGAGCCCUGGCUGCGGCCUGGCACCUCGGUUACUUUGAAAGGCUCAUCCUGUAGAAAGAGGCUGGAUACUCCAUCACCGGGGCUCACACACCGCGUCACGUAGCUCGAGUCCAAGGAGGGAAAACUGCACCUAAAGUUUGCUGGCCUCUCUUCUCUAUAUGUACAAGUGGUGGACAAUACAAGGCUUAAUAGAUAACAGAGUCUGUGGAACGACCACUCUACCAACUAGGCCAAUCCUAUAUUAACAUUAAGGAUUGGAUUACCUGAUCAUAUCCAUGAGAAACUAAGCACAGGAAGAAGAUGGACAAAUUAUUGAGUGUGUGUGUGUGUGUGU